AUGGAAAACAACAACAGUUCAUCAAAUUCUUCUGUGUGCACCAAAAUCCGACAUGUCUUUGCAAGCAAUCCUGCUCUCCGAGCAAUUCAACGACUCUCAAGCAUCAAUCAAGAACACAAACAAAUCACCCAUGGUUCAAAUUAUCCAUCAUCAAGUCCUAAGAGUAGUGUUGUCCAAACAAAACCACAUCACAAGGCUCAAACAGAAACAUCAUCAGAACCAACCCAUAUCAAGUCUGGUUAUUCAACACCUACAUACAAAGAGAAAGGACACUCAUCAGCAGUUUCAAGUGUAGCAAAAGGUGCUUCAACUCUUGUUGGAAAUUCAGAAAGAGCAACAAAAGUUUCUGCCAAGAGUGAACUACAAUUACCUCAACAACACCAUGCUCCCAACAAAGCAGUGGCACACCAUGGUAAUCAACAAGGUAAGGAAUCAGUGGAUAUUAAUGACACUUACAGAGAGUUCAUUCAACGAGCUAAGAAGAAAAUCAGAACCGUGUCGACUAUCGGUCGGGGUCAGAAUAACACUACAGCUGCACCAGAUCAUGAAGUCCAACAUGGUACCACUACUGCUGGCAAAAAUGAAAGCCGUGAAGACCAUUUUCAGGACUUCAUUCACCGCGUUGGGAAGAAGAUCAGAGCCACAACCAUGAGAAGAAAUUAA